AUGUUUGAGGUCGUAAACGAGCCUCUGCGAGAAUUCGAGGACUCUGGCAAGACUACUUACAUGCGCAACACAUUCUAUCCGACUGCGUACAAGACGAUUCGCGACAAGGAGGCAUCCCUUGGCAUCUCGUCCAAUAACUACGUUCACAUUCAGUUUAUGAAUAAGCUCUGGAACUCCGGGGACCCGCAGCAGUACCUCACAAACAAGAACUUUGCCGCCUACGAUGACCAUCGCUACCUUAAGUGGUCGGGUAUCUCCCAGGACAAGGACACCUACCUGCGGACCUCGUGCAAUGACGAUCGCAGUGGUGACGCGGCGCACGGAUGGGACUGGCCAGUCUUGGUCGGCGAAUGGAGUCUCAGCGCGCCCCUGGAUUACACUCAGGAAUGGAACGACUACUGGCGGCCUGAUAACAACAAGGACUUCUACUCCCGCUGGUUCAAGGCACAGGUCUUGGCGUAUGAGAAGCACGUCGCUGGUUGGAUCUUUUGGUCCUGGAAGACUGAGCUGGGCUCUGACUAUCGAUGGUCUUACACUGCUGCUGUUGAUGCUGGAGUGAUUCCCAGGGAUCUAAACAGUAUUGCAAACUCAGGUGCUUGUAAUGGGGUUUAG